CGCGCUAUUACUGGCGGCGUGGGGUGCCAGGUUUUCAGCUCUCUCCGCCGCCAACCAACCCGCCGCCGCCGCCAGCAAACAUAUAGUUGAGAACUUGUCAUCCUGAGGUGCAGACCAUUAAUCAGAUAUCUCCUGUAUAUACACUACCCGUGUACAGUACACUGUACUGUAGCAGUACAUAUAGUUAUCUAAUGUGCAAGACCUAAUGUUGAUGUGUAUCUAUGAUGUCCCCCUGUAUGCCUAGUCCAAACAUGGCAUUUUCAUCUCCCUUUAUGCACCGAGAUAUGGGGCUUGCUGGACUACUUCCUCAUAAUAUACCCUGCUCUCUACCCUUCCCUGGACUAGGACCUACCAAUAGUUUCAGUACUCCCUACGGAUAUCCGGGACAUUUCCCACGUCUUCCUUUUGGAGGAUUUCCCGUUCGUCCGCCCCCACCAGAGGACGAUAAUGUUCAGGACGAUCCUAAAGUUACUCUUGAACAUAAAGAACUCUGGGAGCAGUUUCAUAAAUACGGGACGGAGAUGGUUAUCACUAAAACUGGGAGGCAAAUGUUUCCCCAGAUGAAGUUUCGUCUCUCCGGUCUGAAUCCUAAAGCAAAAUACAUUCUUCUCUUGGACGUUGUGGCCGCCGACGAUUUUAGAUACAAGUUCCACAACAGCCGAUUGACAGGAAACUAAUCGUCUUUAUUCUUCUUCUAGACAAUCUUGAACUCGAUGCACAAGUACCAGCCGAGGUUCCACCUGGUGAGGGCCAGCGACAUCCUGCAGCUCCCCUACUCUACCUUCAGAACCUAUGUGUUUAAAGAAUGCGAUUUUAUUGCUGUGACAGCUUAUCAGAAUGAGAAAGUCACCCAGCUAAAAAUAGACCAUAAUCCCUUUGCCAAGGGCUUUAGAGAUACAGGGGGAGCCAAAGGAAUGAAAAAUUUUUCAGAUGGUUCUCCGGCUCCUAGUCCUACUCCAACCCCCGACACAGGAUCUCUAGACCCGGAGAAGGAAUCUCCGACAAAACUUACUGAGCAGAAACCAUUCCGAGGUUUUGACAUAACGUCCUUGAUUAGAAAAGACGACGAUUACAAGCCAAAUCGUCCCGAGGGCCGAACCCCACCUUGUGAGCCUUGCAUAAGUCCGAAUGGUCGAGUUAGAACUCCGUCUUCUCCCUCCCCCUCCUCCCCUCCCUCUAAUCCUUAUUCUAAUCUAUUUAACUCUGGUCUAUAUCAACAAUACCUAACCCAACUCCUCACAAACUCAGGAGUAUCCCCAGCCAUCAAUCCUAUGCUUCUCCAAGCACAGUUAGCCAUGGCAGCGCAGUCCAACCACGCCCACCUCUUGGCAAAUUACAAUGGAUCCGCCUCCUCACUUAUAUCUGAGAGAUUGAAACAGAACAGGUUUAGUCCUUAUCCUCCCUCGGUUUCAAGUCUCAGUCCAACCUCACAUUCUUUACUCUCAACCUCUCAACCUAGCUUAACCUCCGCCUUUAAGUCCUUAUCCCGUCAAUUCCCCGCCAGUCCACCGGUCUCUCCGCCGCACAGUGUCACACCUCCGAUGGAUACGUCUCCCCCCUCCCAGAGCAGUCCUAUAACCGUCAAGUCGGAGAUAGAUACCUCCGAACCCGUUCCCAGUGAGAUCAAGAACAUUGAGAAUAUGAUCAACGGAUUAAACGGAAACUGUGAAGGACGAUUCGGACUCUCUCAUGAUUCUAGGAUAUCAUAGGACAAGUAAACUCCUGGAUAUCAUAGGACACGUAAACUCCUGGAUAUCAUAGGACACGUAAACUCCUGGAUAUCAUAGGACAAGUAAACUCCUGGAUAUCAUAGGACACGUAAACUCUUGGAUAUCAUAGGACAAGUAAACUCCUGGAUAUCCUAGGACACAUAAACUCCUGGAUAUCACAAGACAAGAAAACUCCUGGAUAUCCUAGGAUACGUAAAAUCCUGGAUAUCAUAGGACAAGUAAACUCAUAGAUAUCCUAGGACAAGUAAACUCGUGGAUAUCCUAAGGCAAGUAAACUCCUGGAUAUCCUAGGAUAAGUAAACUCCUGGAUAUCCUAGGAUAAGAAAACUCCUGGAUAUCGUAGGACAAGUAAACUCCUGUUUAUCCUAGGACAAGCAAAGUCCUGGAUAUCCUAGGACAAGUAAACCUCUGGAAGUUCUAGCAGUAUUCUAGGACGCGUAUCUUAUGAUAUCUGACAUUUUAGGAGGUAUCCUAGGAUAUAGGAGCAUUCUAGGAUCUUAGGAUAUUAAAGUCUUUUAUGACAUACCCCAGGAUUUCUAGGACAUUUCAUAAAAAAUCGGAGUAUCUUAGGACGUAUCCAAGUAUCCUUGAACACAGGAGUACAUUUUAGGAUUUAUAAAUGCAGGUUGUGAUGGGUGCUCCAAUGGUUUUUUAGCAAUUUUCUAAGUUUUCCUAAUUUUCUCAUUCNCCCCCCCUCCUAUCCUCGUCAAUAAUUGAACAGAUUUAAAUAUAGUCGAUCUCAAUUUUAAAAAAUGUACCGCAUACUAGAGAGCCAAGGGCAGAAUAUUCAAAUUUCCAGGAAAACUUGAAAUAUUUCUAAAUCUGCUCUCUCUUCUCAAUCAAUCUUUAUACCUUAGUUCUGCAUUUUAAGAUUAGUGCUUCUAAUUGCAGGGGUCAUAUGUCAAAAUAUGUCAAAAUUUUGAGGACCCAUCCAUCUUUUAAUAUCUACUAAAAUUACAAAUAUUUUCUCAAACUGUGAUAUAAAUAGACCCAUUGCAUGGACCGAUGAUAAGAUUUAGAAGAAAUGGGCCGAAGGCAGUGAAGGGGAAGGAGAGAGGGGGGGGGGGCUAAAUCUUAUCGGACCUUUUAUCCAGUUCUCUCCCUUCAACGGAGCAAUAUGUUUGCAGUGUGCAAUGUUUGAUAAUUGUUUUGUAUCUCGAGAAAUACAUACAGUUAGAAGAAAAUGUAUUAUUAUUAUGUUAUAUUUGUGUUUAAUAAAUAUUAGAAUAUUCA